AUGGUCGGCAGCCUGGCAGAUGGUGACGCAGAGACAUUUCAUAACCGACAGCAUGAAGGUCACAGCGGAUUCGUGGUCAACCAGAUGAUCGGCGUCAGCGACUAUACCUUACCAAAGAAGCCCGAUGUCGUCUUGAUCAAUUGCGGAACGAACGACGCAAACCCUGUCGACGGUCAGGAUAUCCCUAACACUGCAAAGCGUAUGGUGGAGCUUUUGAACCACCUCUUUGCUAACAUUGACGGCGUCACCAUUAUCUUGUCGACAUUUUUACCCCGUAGGGAUUCGAGUGACAGUAACGUCAAUAUUAUCAAUCCCGGAUAUAGUGACCUUGUGCGACAGUUCGAUAAUGCAGGGAAGAAGAUCGUCCUGGCAGAUUUUAACGAUGGAUUUUUGGACCUCGACACAGAUUACUAUGAUGGUAUUCAUCUGAAUGAGAAAGGUGCGGCCAAGCUGGCUGCAGUGUGGGACCAGGCAAUUCUCGAGGCAGAGAACAGGCAAUUUCUCAUCGAGCCCAUCGACACCGGCAAGCCUGACAACUCGACAAGUAGCGAUGAUGACGAGACUUGUGACGUUGUGUGCUUUUUCUGCUCUGCUUCCCUUCGUCGGGAUUGCCUGGUAACUGUUCAAGAUGUGCUGGAGGAAUUCAUAUUAAUUUCCAGGAUGAGAUUUGAUGUUGCCCACGAGGUUACACAUGCUGCAGAAGGACUCCUCCACGGCCGUUCUCAAAGCGUAAACACAUUUCCUGGGUGCCAUUUGCGGAAAUUCCAAUUUUUGAAACCUUCAAAAACAUGCAGGUCGAUUCUUAGCGUGGCCGCCUGCUGUCUAUUGCUUCGUGGGGGACGACCCGCAGCGGAUGUCGCUCUCUCGUUUCAUGACCAACGCUGGUCAACCCCUGCUCUGUUUUGA